AUGAAACCUCACUCUUCAAGCAGCUCUCUCUCACAUCCUUCUCUUCUUACAUUCAAGACCAUACAAGGUCUUGCAAGGGCGUGUUAAGACCAGCGCCUGAUAUCUGUCAAGUCCGAUAUCUGGUCCGGUAAACUAAAUACCAGAAUUCCGUGAAUUCCUCAUUCUAGAAUAACUAGGAUUUCUAGCAGGGUCUUCUCGCGAUUUCAAACGUUGAUUAUAGUCCCCAAAGGCGCUUGUAUCUUCUAACGUCCUUGACUUCGCCCCAUCUCCAUGCUCACAACCUUACCUACACCUGUUCUCUCUGUCGCACCCGAUGCAGUGAAAGAUCUUCAAGGGCAAGAUGCCCUCUCAGCUCUCUGGACUAUUUUCACAAAGUGCAAGGAGUCACUUCAGGAUGGCCGAAGACUGGAGAAUAUCUCUUGGAGGCUAUGGCACCGUGAGCUUAUUCUAGCUCAGCAGUCAUACCUGCCGCCUACGCCGGACUCCGUCUCGAAUCCCAAAGUAUCGUCCGAUACCCGUAGCUUGUUCUUCCCCCUUACCGACCCUGUCAAGGUAGUCCAGCCUUCAGGCACACUCCCUUGCCCGCAUUCGACAUCCGUAUAUCAACAUCCUCCAUCCCCUGCAUCUACAACGAGCCCUGUUGUUCCUGAGCGCCUGCGCACAUCUCAAUUCUCAUCAGGCACCCCCGUAGCACCGCUUCUCACCACUUCCUUCCGCCCCAAAUCGUCUUCGUUUGCAGGCCGAAUAAUAAUAGACAUGUUGCCAAAUAAUAUCCUUAUACCCGACAAGACGCCAUCACCGUGUUCGCUUCAACAAGCUACCGUACCCUCCGUUCAGCUUCCCUCGACGCCUACCUCUGCAGAAGCUUACUUUCCGCGCGUCGUCGUUCGCAAGCGGAACAAGCCGCUCCCGCAGUCACCUCCACCUGACGAACUAUUACCGUCCCCGGCCCGAGGCGCCGAGUCCUCGAAGAUCUCUGGAAGGUUUUUCUUACAGCAGAGCCCUGAGGAUGCGUCCCCGGAACGCGACGGCUCAACGGAGAGUGGAAAGAGCCAUGUUGAUUUGUUCGAUGCGUCGAGCGCGGCCUCCAGUCAGAUGUACAGCACUGAUAAUGAGAAAGGAGUAACGAAAGAGCCGAAGGAGAAAGAUCGUGCUAGUACUAAGCCCAAGAAGGGUAAGGAAUUGGGGAGAUCAUCUGCCCGGCCACCUUUGGCAAAACGGACCCACUCGGCAAGGCACAUCGGUCCUUCGAUUCAGCGCAAGCAUUCGAUUCAGGAUAGUAAACCGCGUGCGAUGUUUAAUAUUGGUUCAAACUCAUCGAACGGGUCCAAGUCUGCUCAUGGGAGCUCGGCGAAGCUCACUCCGCCCCCGCCUCCACCUGCUCCUGUGGUUAAUGGAUUGGGCGCUAUGCUUGACGGUAUGACAGCUAUCAAUUUAAAACCUGCCCGUCCGAUCGUGGCUCCUCUCCCUGCUGCGAAUGGCAACACCGUAGCCAACGGAAACGCCAACGGGGUUGGCAAUGCUGCUGCUAAUGCAAGUACCGCCACGGGUCCCCAACAACGAAAAACCAUCGUUGUAGCUAGUACCUCUGAGGAAGACUACGAAACUACUGAUGCGGAUGACUCUGGAUGGGCCUCUGAGGAUAUGGACGCUGAGGACAAAGCCCAUGAAGCCAAUGAAGCUGGGCUGCGCGGAGCUGCACGGGAGGCUCAGCGCCAACGUGACCUCUUCGCAAAGGUUCCCAAGCGUUCGUACUCGAAUCUCAAUCGCACGCAAUCGGGGCUACUUUCGCAGCUCAUGAACCCUAAUCCUGCGAUAUUCCCGCCGAAUCAUCCGUGUCGUUUGAGUCAAUCAACCGCGGAUCUUGUACGGAUGCAACGGCAAGUGCAGCGUCAAGCUGAGCAGGCGCAGGCUCCACAAAGGAGCGUUAGUGGAUUUGCAGGGCCUGUGAGGCUGCAGACAAGUAAAAGUUCGGCGGCGUUACCCCUGGCUGCGCAAAUCACUGCCACGUCGAGUUCGAAGCCCCCAUCGUCUGGAAUGAGGGGGAAAGAGAACGAGAAAGGGGGGUAUAGGCCAAAGGGACGCCCGAAAGAAGAAGAGAUGGAAGAUGAGAGUGGUGGGGACGACGAUGAUGACGAUAAAAUCCAGGUAUCGCGCAGUGUGGCACAGCAGAGACUUCAAGCGCUAAUGUCGCGGCGCGCACCGGAAAAUGGCAUUGCGUCGCAACUGGCUCAGCAUACGCAUGUACGUGUGGCAGAAAAUCACGUCGCUCCUGCUGCACAAUCCACGGCACCUAUACCCCUCGGUCAUCCCUAUAACCUUCCCGCUCCCGCACUACCCAUGACGCCGCGCACAACCCGGCGAAUAAUGCUUCGGACAGAGCUGUCAGAGAGCAUGCGGAGGCAAUUAUUUACUACCAACCCAGCUGCAAACGCAAGACGCGCGACCAAUGGCGUACUUGGUGGGUUGCGACCGCUUGCUUCGACAACUUCCAUGGGCGAGAAUCCUAGCGCUACUAUGAGUGCAGAGGCUCAGGAUAGGGAUGAGCGCAGGCGUCGCGCAAUGGCUCGAAAUCGAAGUUGGGCGGACGACUACCACUACUCGGGGUGGUGAUUUUCUUGCUGAAUUCUGCCAACACGUGGAUCUUCUAUAAUCUGGUGUCUCUCGCAUAUGUUAUGGGGUCUCUUUUUCUCGUUGUCUUGUCCUCUAAUCACGCGGCACGGUUGCGUUUAUCUCUCUUUUCUAUCGUACUUUAGCACUCCCAUGCUCCAUUCGCGAACAUGCUACUGAUACUGCAGGGCGCGGUUUCCCUCCCUCUGCCGCGCGUUUUACUCAUCCUUAUGCUGCGCUUCCCCCCGACCUUCCUCUUAUCGUUGCAUUUCCCACAUAUAAUUUGCACUUGCAUGUCAUACUCCGUCAUCCUCGCUGUCCAUUUACGUUGUAAUAGUAGUCACCUUAAUUACCAGGUAGUUAUUCCUAUGGAUUAGGGUGUUGUGUUCAAUUUGCUUUCGAACCCUUGCCUUAUGUACUCAUAGUGUGUACCCGCCAAGUUGUACGUAUAUUAGGUAAUGACCAGUGGUGUUUCCGUUUA